CGUCGGUUGAAACGCCUGUGGCCGUCUCGUGGCGGUAUCUUCAUUGCCUGCGUCGCCUAAUAUGGACCGCGUGAUUGCGCUUUGCACAAGCGUGUGGCGCGAGGUGCAGGAAGACGGCCUCGAAGCCUUCCUCUUCCCGCGCGCUGCCUACUGCGCUGUACCCCAAUGCGAAUCCGACGUACCGCUGCGAGUCGAUCGCGCGUCUCAUCGAGUUACGUACGACGCAACGGACGACGCCUUUGGCCUGCCCGAGGACUAUGACGAGAUUGCUACUGAUUCGAAGCGACAGCGCUACUGCGACCCUGCGCCUCGAUUCGAUGCGAAGGACGGUAGCACGAUCUCCCUCCUCUCGGCGUCGCGCGCGUGAGACCCACGACUACUGUGCUAUCUAUGAGCCACCGAGAGCGAUGCAUCCCCUGCAUGGAGUUUCGAUGGACCAAUGCAUUUUGACGUCGA